UUAUCUUGCGGUGUUAAAAUUUCUGGCAUGAAUCCCAUCCACAUGAAACCUAUAACCAGCACUCAUAUAGUGGCAAUACCUUAUCCUGGUAGAGGCCAUAUCAAUCCCAUGAUGAACCUGUGUAAGUUACUAGCUUCAAGAAAGCAUGAUCUUGUGAUCACAUUCGUCGUUACCAAGGAGUGGUCAGACUUCAUUGGAUCGUGUCCUAAGCCUGAUAACAUACACUUUGCUUCGAUACCAAAUGUUAUCCCAUCUGAGCUAGUUCGAGGUGCUGAUUUUCCUGGCUUUUAUGAAGCUGUUAUGACAAAGAUGGAAGCUCCAUUUGAGGAGCUCCUUGAUUCUCUUCAGCUACCAGUGACUGCUGUCAUAGCUGAUACUGAGCUGAAAUGGGCAAUCCGCAUCGGAAAUAGAAGAAAUUUUCCUGUGGCCUCACUCUGCACAAUAUCAGCGACAGUGUUUUCCAUAUUGCAUAGCAUUGGCCUCACUGAAAACUGGCAUUCCUUAGUCGAUUUAUUAGAAAAGGGCAGUGAACUUGAGGAGCAGAAUCCUGGAAUUUCACCAUGUCAUUUGACAGACCUUCAAGAGAUUCUUGGAGGAAAUGCGCGGCGAGUUAUCCAGCUUACCUUGGAAUGUAUUUCAUGGGUGCUAAAGGCCAAAUAUCUUCUAUUCACUUCAGUCUAUGAGCUUGAAGGCCAUGUCAUUGACACACUAAAAGCAAAAUUCAGUAUUCCCAUAUACCCAAUUGGCGCUGCAAUCCCCUACUUUGAACUUCAUGAAAACUCCUCGGAGAGUACCUUUCCAAAUGUCCCCAAUUAUCUGCAAUGGCUAGAUUCCCAUCCUCCAUGCUCAGUUUUGUACGUCUCCUUAGGUAGUUUCCUCUCAGUUUUAGAAGAACAAAUGGGUGAAAUUACAGCAGGGCUGCAAGAUAGCGGUGUCCCUUACAUGUGGGUAGCUCGUGGAGAAACUUCUCGACUGAGGGACAGUUGUGGUGGUAUGGGGUUAGUAGUGCCCUGGUGUGAUCAAUUGAAGGUGCUAUGCCAUUCUUCUAUUGGAGGGUUUCUAACACACUGCGGGUGGAAUUCCACUCUUGAAGCUAUCUUUGCGGGCGUUCCAAUGCUCACCUUUCCUAUAAUCUUUGAUCAAGCUCCAAAUAGUAAGAAAAUUGUUGAGGACUGGAAGAUUGGCUGGAGGGUGAAAGAACAACAAAGAGAUGAAAGUUUGGUAACAAGAGCAAGAAUUUCAGAGCUUGUCCGAAGUUUCAUGGAUUCGGAGAACAAUGAGGUGAAAAACAUGAGAAAAUCAGUGAGAGAACUGAAAGACAGUUGCCGAAAAGCAGUUGCAAAAGAUGGAUCAUCUCAGAUAAACCUCGAUGCUUUCAUCAAAGACAUCUCACAAGACCAUGGCGCCAGGCUCAUUGAUUAGAUUGGUUGUGAUGUCAACUUGGAGCUUUGAUUUUCUAUAACCUUGAAUAACUGACUAGAAGAUUAAUAUAAACGGUACGCAUUUGUUUUACUUUAUUGAUUACCAGUUGGCAGCAACAUUUUCAUUGUAUGCUAUCUAUAUGGUUCAGGUUUUAAUUUCUACAUGAACAUGUAUGAACCAUAACAAAAUAAAUGGCAAAAGCUCAAUGAACUAAUUGAGUUAUAAUUGCAUCUGUAAGUCUAGAACCCAAACAACAAAAAGAUUAAAAUUUCAAUCUCAAAAUCCACCAGCCCCCUCAAUUUUCCUGAGAAAACAUAGCAAAUGCCAUAUCAGCUAUUGAAAGGGUUUCAUCUACUAUUCUGAGGUCCUGACGUGGUCCAGUUGCAUAGGCACAUCAAAAUGCCUAAAAUUUGCGUACAUUUCGGUUCUAUCAGUAAAAUAUUGAUCCCUAGUCAAAAGCAAAAGACAAAUUCAAUACGAACAAGCCCUUUUCAUUUGGUAGCAGACAACAGAUAGAUUAUUGCCGAGUGUUCUUAAUCAAACGAAUUAAAUAAUUUUCUGAUUAGUAAUAUUGAGUCAUCCCUUACCUCAUCUAUCAGAAUUUUGUUUGCUUUAUUUAAAUACCUUAGCAUGUGAUUUUAUCAAAUAAGGGUCAGAAUAAAAAAAUCCCUUUGAAAAGAAACGUACGCUCCAAGGCAGGGCGGGUUGCUAGUUGCUGUCAGUUAUGACUGAUCAGAACAAAACUUGUUUGAAAAUUCCUACUUGGCCUUUGGUUUUUCCUAAAGUCCAACAAAAAUACGUUACGUUCCACACCAGUUGUUGAUUCUUUAUGGUUUCAAUUACUUCACAUGU